GAGUCAAACUGUAUGAGUGGAUGUUAUGUCAACGAACAAUACUAUCUCAGUUUCACAUUUCACUAUUUCAUUCUAAAUUUAACCCCUUUCGUAGUUUCCCUGGCACCGUUAUCGUCGUCAUCUUAGAUCUGCCCCCUCCUCCUCCCUCCGAAAGAAGCAAUGCAACCUUCUCGGAUUUGGAUUCCUUCCCUGGCGUCCAUGUCGGGUUUACUAGACUACUGUUUGAUCGCUUCUCCAAACUUUAUACUCCAUAUAUCUUCCCAACUCGACAACUGCUUUUCUUCCUCGAUGCCCAACGAGUGGACAUGAACUGACAGGUUGAGUUCCACUUUUCCGCCCUGCUUCACUGCCCCUCCACUAGGCAACUUUGCUCGUCCGAAGACUUCUCCAACUCCGACCUUUUUUGGGCGCUUGUCUCGGUCCUUCCCUGCAAGCCAAGACAGAAGAUCUUCUUAGAUCCCUCCAGUCCCCUCGAUACCUUUUUGCUUUUUUUUCCCGCAAUCCCACGAGGGCGGCCGGCCAUGAUCCUCAUAUGUCCCUGAUUGGAAAUCCAUCACCUGCAACCCCCACCCCCAUCUCGCUGCAUUGCUUUUUACUCGUCCCAGAGCCCUACUCUGCUCGUUCACGGGCCUCAUUCUACCGGGAGUGCAUUGCUUUUUUUUUUCCCCUCUUCUCCCCCACCCUCUAGGCGGCUACUACUGCCUGCAUAACACCACCGGCCGCAGACCACGGACCCAACGGAGGACAUUUCUUCCCUAGGACCCCCUCUCGACCCAGCCACUCAGAAGGCUUACAAUAAGCAAUCUAUAUACAUCGUCGCGUAUUGGACCAUGCACCGUUGAACACAGACCAACCCGCCAGCCCUUGGUGGAACCUUCGUGAUGGACCGAUUCACCCCAUUUCCCACCAUCCACCACCAAACCAGCUUUUCUCACGAAGAUGGCGCUGCGCGCGCUAUUCUUUCAUGGCCAGUGGAUACAGCUCUCCUAUCCUCGGAGCUGUUGGCCCUCUCAUGGGCCCUGCUUUUACGAGCUUACACAACCGAAGAAACUCCGGUUUUCUUGCUCAACGAUCAACCAAUCAAAGCAGACUUAUUUACUCGUACAAUCCAGCCAGCGACACCGGAUACCCACGCAGACCUCUCAGUAAAGUACACCGCUGUGCGCCUGAUAGAUGAGCCUAAGCUAGUCAGAACUUCCCCGUCCGAGUGCGAGACGAUCAAGAAUCACGCGUUAUCACCUACUUCCUGUACGUUGUCUUGGUGCUUUAAUCGAAACACCCAAAUGAGCACCUUGUAUUCUUCCUCCGGUAUGGAUACAGCUCGCGUUCAGCAGCUGGGCCGUCAGCUGGAGCAUAUUGUUCAAGACCAGGCUACCCUGUCAGGCAUGCAGGUGAAACUGCCUGUCUCGACGGAAAAGCUUUCUGAGAUAGAAAUGGAACUGUCCAUCUCAAAUCCUUCCCCUUGCACCUUGCCGGGACCACAGCUGCUUCAUGAACUGGCGCUCAGCGGUGCCCAUGACGGCAAUCAUGCGAUCGAGUUCUUGAUGGCAGAUGGAAACGUUCGCUGCUUGUCGUACCGUACCUUGGACAGGGUGUCCUCGAAACUAGCGGCGGAAAUUGAUGCCGCUUCAAAAUCGGAUGCGGAGGAACCACGGAAUAUGGUGGUUCCUGUUCUUCUGCCGCAGUCCUUGGAACUGUAUAUUACCCAACUGGCCAUUCUGAAAGCCGGUGGUGCUUUUUGUGCUUUGAAUAUCGAUGCACCAUCCGACAGGAUAGAGUUUAUCCUGCAGGAUGUUGCCGCAUCAGUGGUGAUAACGCAAAGUGCUCUUUCGACAAGGAUACCCCUGAAAGAGAAUCUGGCGGUGAUCACCGUCGACGAAUUGGAGAUGCAGAGAGACAUUGAAGCAACGGAGACCAAGGAGCAACGGUACUCCAUGAAGCCCGUGAAAAUUACCCCCACCGACCUCGCCUAUGUGAUGUAUACAUCGGGCUCGACGGGCCGACCCAAAGGCGUGGGCAUUUCACAUCUAGCCGCCACGCAAUCACUACUCGCGCACGAUGACUUGAUACCCUCAUUUACACGAUUCCUCCAAUUCGCCUCACCUACCUUUGAUGUCUCAGUUUUUGAUACUUUCUUUCCUCUAUUCCGCGGCGCAACCCUCAUCGGCUGUGACCGCGAGCAAAUGCUCCUCGACAUCUCCCAUGUAAUGACGUCGAUGAACGUGGACGCAGCCGAACUGACGCCCACCGUAGCCGGAGAACUACUGCGCAAUCGAGCCGCAGCACCCUCUCUGGGUGUUCUACUGACUAUCGGCGAGAUGCUGACUCGGCAUGUGGUGGAUGAAUUUGGACAGUCGCAGCACGCAGAAGGUAUCCUCCAUGGCAUGUAUGGGCCGACUGAGGCGGCGAUCCACUGCACAGCUGCCACGCAUUUCCGAUCUGAUGAUCGGGUGAAUCUGAUUGGACGAGCCUUCAAGACAGUCUCUGCUUUUAUCAUGUCCCUGGAGUCGGAACACAAGGAUGGUUCUUCUCCUGCGGGACUGCAGCCUCUACCGCUGGGCGAGAUUGGUGAGUUGGUCGUUGGUGGGCCGCAGUUGGCGGAUGGUUACAUUAAUCGACCCGAAGAGAAUGCCAAGGCUUUCAUCGAGAGUCCCGUGUACGGUCGACUCUAUCGAACAGGCGAUAAGGCUCGGAUGCUGCCCUCGGGAGAGAUUGAAUGUUUUGGCCGGAUCUCGAGUGGUCAAGUGAAGCUCCGGGGGCAGCGGAUAGAGCUUGGUGAGAUUGAGCACGCUAUUUGCCGUGCACCGGAUGUUCGCAGUGCAGUGGCUAUCGUGAGCGGUGGUAGCCUAGCUGCAUUUGUCCUGGUCAACGACAAGGGCACGACCGAGCGUGCGCUGCGGGACGUCUGUCGCCAGUGGUUACCCCGGUUUAUGGUCCCGGGCGAGUUCAUUCUUGUCGAUCAGUUUCCUCAGUUACCUUCCGGUAAGAUCGACCGCAAAGCGCUGGAAGCCGAAUUCGUGCGCCAUCGCAGUGCCGCUCACUCCGCGGAGCAGAGUACAUUCCGCGAUGAGAUCGAGGAGACGAUCGUGUCGUGCGUGACCGAUGUGCUCGGUAGACAACUUCCGCCGACGGAGAGUCUCAGUGCUGCCGGUCUUGAUUCUCUAGCUGCAAUUCGGCUUGCGUCUCAUCUGCUGGGUGCUGGGGUGCGACUGGAUGUAGCUCAUUUGCUCGAGGCAGAUUCCGUGUAUGGAAUUUGGCGACUUGCAAAGGAGGCUGAGACCUCGCAGCCGAGCGAAGACACGCAAGCUGGCCUGCAGAGAAUCCGCCAAUUGGUUGCGGAUGCUGGUGCAUCGAGAAUCGAGGCUCUUGGGCUGAGUGCAGAGGUUGCAGCGAUCGGGCCUUGCAGCCAUAUUCAACAGGCGAUGAUUUUGGAAUCUGCCCGACACACGAAUGCAUACUGCAAUUGGAUUGAACUUGAAUUUCAGCGGUCGAUUAGUGCUUCGACUCUGCAGGAUGCACUUGUGAAGCUUUUAGAGCAUAACUCUAUACUUCGCUCUGGUUUCAUCGAGAUCGGUCUCAAGGAUCAGUCGUACGCCCGGUUUACACGGCAUACACUUAAUGAGAAAGUGUUUCAGAAGCGUGACGCAUUUGACUAUGAUCUGUGCUUGAUCGCAGAACACGACCUGCUCCACCCUAUCCGGUUCCAGUUGAGAGAAACGGAUGACGGUUUCCGCUUGCUCGUGCAUAUCCAUCAUGCGUUGUAUGACGGAUGGUCCUGGCAAUUGAUGCUAAAGGAUCUUUAUUGCCUCCUACGCGGCGGGGAACUCCCACCCAAGCCUGCGUAUGACGUGGUAGCGGACUUCUUCAUUGAGUACAAACUCUGCGAAACCGCGCACGAAUCCUCGCUUUUCUGGCGCGAUCAACUUCAGGGUUCUUCACCGGCAACUUUCCCCAAUUUCCAUGGAAGAACCGACGUGCCCCCCGGCACGCAAGAGGCUUCCCGUGAACUGCAAAUUUCCACGUCCAAACUCGCAGAAGCAUCGCAAACCCUACGAGUCAGCCGCCAGACAAUCUUCCAAGCCGCAUACUGCUACAUACUCUCAACCUAUCUUGGCUCAGACGACGUGACCUUCGGCACGGUCUUCUCCGGCCGCACUAUCCCCGUCAAGGGCAUCGAAAAUGUUCUCGGUCCAUGUAUCCGCACCCUUCCUACGAGAAUGGACCUGGGCAAGAUGCAAAACGCCACCGAUCUCCUCCUAGCAAUCCAAAAUAUGAACCGCAAAUGCCUCGAACACGGCAGCCUUCCACUGCAGGAUAUCAAGAAAGCCUCUGGAAUUGACCUGCAAUCAAGCCUCUUCGACACUGCACUCGUGUGGCAGGAGAGUAUUUGGUCUGACCAGGACUAUCAUGAUGUUUUCCGGGAAGUCGGCGCUGCGGAGUUUUUGGAGUUUGCGCUGUUGUUAGAUUUUGAGCCUAGGGAGGAUGGGAUCCGUGCGAAGGCGACUUACCAGCAGUCUGUCUUGUCGAGAGAACAAGCUGAGAUUCUUUUGGAGCAGAUUGAUUAUGUCGCUUCUGUUUUGAUUGAUGCUCCCACGCUGCCGAUUGGUGAUCUUGGAAGCCAUCUUCCUCAACAUACACUGUCUGUUGCUAAUGCGAACUGUCAAAUCCAAGGGGACUUGCCGCGUCUGGUUUCUGCCGUUGAAACGCUCGCCUCUGCUGAGCCUUCUCGGACCGCGGUUGAAUAUUUAAGAGAGUUGGACUCUGUUGUUGACACGAUCACAUAUGGCCAAUUGGAUUCCCGGGCCAACACUCUCGCCAAUUACUUGCUCCGGAUGGGUGUGACGAGGGGUGACUCGAUUGCUAUGUUCCUGGAAAGCACGAUAGACUCUUACAUCGCUGUGCUGGCCAUUGCAAAGAUGGGAGCUGGUAUCGUACCUCUCUCGGAAGAUGACAGCUCUAUCCUCUCUACAUUGAAAGUUCCCAUCUUCAUGGUUCAUUCGUCUUUCAAGCGUCUUGAUGGACUCAAUAUCCCGGAAUCCGUCCGACAAAUCACUAUUCCUGAUUCUUUCAAUGAUGUUCAUAAUGAUACCCCCUUCGCGGUCGAUGACGGAUUCCGAAUCAUUUGCACUGAUCCCAUUUCAAAAGAGCCGAUCACAUUUUCCUCUCGGAGCUUGAGAAGCUGCACUAACGUUCUCACGGAGUCAUAUAAUGUCCAGUCUGGAUCCAAAAUGCUUUUUGCAUCCCCAUCUACAUCUGUUGAAUCAAUAAUUGCAGCUUUCUUGGCAUGGACUGCAGGCACGACGCUAUGUGUUGCAUCGGAUGAACUCCUUGCUAAUGAUCCCCAGAAGAUUGUUAGUGUCAUGGGUGUUACUCAUAUUCAUGCCACCCCCACACUUGCAUCGCACUUGGAUCCGCAGAGUUUGCCUAGUUUGAAAUACUUGGGUACAUCCGGUGAACCUCUGACGGCAAAGUUGCAACGGGAUUGGGCUGGAAGGAAUCUUUAUCACGGUUUUUCCGCUCGCGGAAUCGCUGGUCUCUGUACCGCACCGGUGAAGGUUGAGACGUCCAGCGCACUCACUGGGGUUGGUAAGCCGCUCAAGAACACGUCCGCCAUGGUCAUUUCAGAUAAGCCCGAAUUCAACCUACUGCCACGUGGUGCCGUUGGAUUACUGUGCUUUGGUGGUGAUCAAGUUGGGUCUUCUUCUGCUGAGUGCUUUUUUGAGCACCCGCAGUAUGGCUUGCUUUACCGAACUAGCGAUUUUGGCAGAGUUCUUCCCGACGGUAGCAUUGUGCAGCUUGGUCAGCAUACAAACUUUUACGAAAUCGAUCACGCUCUGCUGUCAUCGGAUCGUGUACAAGACUCUGUGAGCUUGUUCAUGGAAAAUCCAAUCACUAAGCAGCAACAAUUGGUCACUGUUUGGGUUCCUUCAGAGCAGCCUCGAGCUUCAUUGCACGGUGACCAACUUGAUGAGCUAUCAAAGAAGCUUAUCAAGGUAUUGACUGUGAAUCUUCCUUCACCUACUGUUCCGGCACUUCUUGUCCCGAUGGAUGAGAUACCAAUGAACGAAAAUUUCUUGACUGAUCGCCCAAAAAUACAGCGAGACAUCCAACAAAUGGAUACUGACCUUCUCAAAUCUUUCUCCAUCGGUCUCAACGAUGAGAUCCACGAUGAAACUCUCACCGAUGUUGAGAAGUCAAUUGCCUCUGCCCUUUCCGCAGUCACUGGCGUGGAGCAACACAAUAUUGGAAAACAUACAUCCUUCUACAAGCUGGGCUUAGACUCUCUGUCUGCAAUUGCUUUCUCACGCAAGCUCCAGGAAUCUGGGUUUGGAAGACUCCCUGUUUCAACAAUACUCCGCCAUAGCUCCGUGGCUCAAUUGGUGAAUGUUGCUCAACCCAUGACAGAUGGGCAUCAUCCCCAACAGCCACUAUCACCCGAGCAACCCUCAUCCGUGUUUGAUGAGAGCUUCAUACUUGAAUUGAAGAAGGAUUUGGAUGCGAGAGGCGCAUCUUUCCGUGGUGUUUACCCUUGCACGCCUUUACAAGAAGCUAUGCUUGCAGCGGAGUCUGAUGUCGAUUCUGCUUAUUUCAACCACUUGCUUCUGCGGGUGAACACUGACAUUGAGAGAUUGAAUGAGGCAUGGAAGCAGAUGAUGCAGAGACAUGAAAUUUUGAGAACUUGUUUCAGACAAACUAAUGACCCGCGAUUUGCGUAUGCGCAAGUGGUGCUCGACACCGCAGUCCUGCCCUGGACAUCCGUUGAAAUUUCAUCCGAGAGCUUCGACAUGGAUAUUGCAAAAAGGAAGUCAGACUUUGAGCAUCAGUCACCCGCCAACGGCGAGCUCCCAUAUUCCUUGACGGUCUUUGAAGAUCCCGCCACACAUAACGCUUGUUUGCUUUUGUCAAUUCAUCAUGCACUAUACGAUGGAGAAGGUAUUGCCCAACUUCUCCACGAGCUUCAGGCUUCCCUCGCAGGCGAGAAACUUCCUGAAGCCACACCCUUCCACCAUUUUAUCGAGUAUAUGAGUUCGGUCAAUUCUGAUUCCUCCGACAAAUUUUGGGACCGCUACUUAUCAGAUGUCUCUCCGACGCUUCUUUCUGAUUCCAAGAAAUCGUCGACCGAUGGAUCCGUUUCACAGGCUGCCUCCCAGCAGAUUCACGUGGAUCUCAGCCACUCCCUUGCCUCGUUCAAACGGCAGUGUAGGGAACUCUCAGUCACACCCCUCAAUAUUUUCCAUGCCGCAUGGGCGAGGCUUCUCGCCUUGCACUCCAAUGCGACCGAUGUUUGUUUCGGUAAUGUAUUCAGCUGCCGCACAAUUCUACUAGAAGGCGCAGACCGUAUUGUUGGGCCUUGCUUCAACACUCUUCCCAUGCGGGUCAAAUUCUCUUCGGUAUCGACGAAUGGGGACGUAAUGAAACUGUCGCAAAAACACAACAGCGACAUCUUACCUUAUCAGCUCAGUGCGCUGCGUCGCAUCCAGAGGCGUACGCUACAAGCCGGCUCUCGACUUUUCGAUACACUGGUCAUUUUCCAGACGAGGAGUACUGAGCUUGAUGCUCGGUACUGGGAAAUGCUUGCCGACGAGGGUAACAUGGGAUUCCCUCUGAUUUGUGAGAUCGUGCCGGAUGAAACACGGGAUAUUGUCCAGAUAAGCAUCCAUUUCCAAACAUCGCAUCUCAGUCGUGGUGUGGCGGAGAGACUUGCACGGGACUUUGUAGCGCUCAUCGAGCACACGACUCAGUACCCUUCUGCUCAGGCUUGUGAUAAACGGGUAGUUGGUGAUGAUUUGUCAGAGGUUUUCGAGAAGGAGUCCCCGCGUGCCAAAACUAAUGGAAUCCCAGCAAAUUCAGUGGAGUCCCGGGCAUGGUCUGAUCGGGAAGUAGUUCUUCGAGAGAUUUUAUGCGAAUUUGCUGGAGUUGAGCCCGCAGCCAUUUCGUUGCAUACUACUAUUUUCCAACUCGGACUGGAUAGUAUCAACGCUGUGCAAAUCUCCGGAAGAUUGCGCAAAUUGGGGUAUAAGGUAUCAGCAGGUGACAUUCUUGAGGCUGCUUCUAUUGACAAGAUUGCUGUUCAUCUGGAGUCAACCGAGAAUGGAAUUAAAGAAGCUGAAUAUGAUUUCUCUGGCUUUGAGAGUCAACACCUUCAGCCCGUCUGCGAACAACUUGGUAUCUCGGCACAGUCAGUUCAGUCUUUGAGACCUUGCACUCCCGUCCAAUGCGGCAUGUUGGCUCUCUUCAAUCAUUCUCAGGGCAGCAUGUACUAUAACCGGAUGGCUCUGAAGUCUUCCACGUCCCUGGACAAGAGCACGCUCAAUGAAGCUUGGUCCAAGGCCAUGGCCCAACAUGAGAUGCUACGCACUGGCUUUGUGCAGCUUCGUGACCAGCAAAAUCCAUUUGCUAUGAUCACCUAUCGGGAAGGUAUUGAUGUACCGUGGCAGGAAUCUUCCACGCUGGAUACUAUUCAUCAACGGCAUCGAGUUCUCGAAAAGCUCCACCAACCCCCAUGGGGUAUCUGGAUCGAACCUACCGAUAGCGUUACCACGGUGCAUUUUUCAGCUCUUCACGCACUUUAUGAUGCGCAGUCUUUGGAAACGAUCUUUUCGGACGUGAUGGCAGCCUAUGAAGGACAGGCUCUCGCUAAACCUGCCUCUAUUCCCGAAACUCUUGGUCCCAUUUUGAUCGAGAGUCAAAAACGAAUUGAAGACUCUCAGGAGUUCUGGCAGGGGCUCGCCGCGGAGAUCCAUCCUACCAAAUUCCCAGACCUACAUCCUACUCGCGUUGAUAAGAAAGAACUGAUCGCGAGCUCAAUUCUCUGCUCCCAGUCUCUCAGCAAACUUGAGGCCGGAUGCCGCAGCACAGGCGUUACUCUUCAAGCUGCGGGUCAAGUCGCAUGGGCGCGAUUACUUGCUGCAUACACUGGUGAACAAAAUGUCGUUUUUGGUACUGUUCUCUCGGGCCGCAAUUUAUCUGCUUCUGCCCAGGACGCUGUUUUCCCUUGCUUGGUGACCGUGCCAUCGCCAUUCCGCAUUGAGGGCACUAAUCGGGAGCUGCUGGACCGCACUCUGAAGCGGAACGCUGCUCUUGUUAAGAAUCAAUUCGCUCCCCUGGCUCAAAUUCAGAGGUGGCUUGGUAGCGAUGAGCCGCUUUUUGAUACUUUGUUCGUUUACCAGAAGUUUUCGACAAAGUCUGCGGGCUCUGGUAAGUGGGAGGUCACCGAUGAAGAGACGAAGAUUGAUUACCCUGUCUCAAUUGAACUACUCCCGCAUGAUACGGAGCUUGAGAUUCGGGUGAGCUGCAGAAAUGACCUUGUUCCUGCAGAGCAAGCCGUGAUUCUUUUGAAUCAGUAUAACAAGUUGUUAGAGCACACGAUCUUCUUCAUAGAUUCCGGCGCGGAUGAUUAUGUCUCUCUGAGAGAUCAAUUGUUAUCCGUCACACCCGCCAAGGAGAACAGGAUUCCCACUUCUGUGUCUCUUCUUCACCAGUUCGUCGAAGAAAAUGCUCGAAAGGUUCCAGAGAAACCCGCCUUUGAGUUCGCAUUCGGGCCAAAUGCAGAUAGCCUGCAAAAGAAAACUUGGUCUUACAGAGAGUUCAAUGAGGAUGGCAAUCGAGUCGCUCAUUAUCUCCAGGCCAAAGGAGUCACACCCGGUGGGAUAAUUGCGAUCUGCUUCGACAAGUGCCCUGAAGCUUCCCUUGCUAUCUUGGGUAUCUUGAAGGCCGGUUGUGCAUAUCUGGCCAUCGAUCCUUCCGCUCCAAUCUCGCGUAAGCAGUUCAUUAUGGAAGAUUCCUCGACCACGCUUCUGCUUUGCAAUCAAUCACGCAAGUCGGACUUGGAGACACUCUCGGGCGUUGAUGUUCAGGCACUAGACGAGCCUGGCAAAUAUCAAAACUUUUCCCCAUCACAGCCAUCCCUGGCCCGGGAAUUUCAACCCGAUGAUACAUGCUAUUGCUUGUAUACUUCCGGUACAACAGGUACACCCAAGGGUUGCGAGAUCACGCAUGACAACGCUGUACAGGCCAUGCUCGCAUUCCAAAGACUCUUUUCACCUCAUUGGGAUGAGAACUCUCGAUGGCUUCAAUUUGCGUCAUUCCACUUUGAUGUCAGCGUUCUUGAACAAUACUGGAGCUGGAGUGUUGGCAUCUGUGUUACUUCAUGUCCUCGAGAUCUGCUUUUCGAGGAUCUACCAGGAACAGUUCAGAAAUUGGAAAUAACUCACAUCGAUCUUACGCCUAGUUUAGCGAGACUGGUUCACCCUGACGAGGUACCAUCACUGCGUCGAGGUGUUUUCAUAACCGGUGGUGAGCAAUUAAAACAGGAGAUUCUCGACGAGUGGGGAAAGCAUGGAGUCAUCUACAACGGAUACGGUCCUACUGAAGUGACUAUCGGAUGCACAAUGCUCCCACGGAUGCGUGCCAAUGACAAGCCGUCCAACAUUGGGCCACAAUUUGACAAUGUUGGCUCCUACGUCUUCCGACCAGGUACCUGUAUUCCAGUCGUGCGUGGUGGACUUGGCGAGCUUUGUGUGUCGGGUCCUUUAGUCGGUAAGGGCUACUUGAACAGGGAAGAACUCACCAAGGAGCGAUUCCAGACCUUGCCAGAGAACGGGGAUCGCAUCUAUCGAACGGGCGAUCUGGUGAGAAUUUUGCACGACGGCAGUUUCCAAUUCCUGGGCCGGAUCGACGACCAAGUUAAGCUUCGUGGCCAGCGACUUGAGAUCGGCGAGAUCAACGAAGUCAUAAAGCAGGCAACUCCUGAGCUGAACGAAGUGGCCACGCUGGUCAUCAAGCAUCCAAAACAAUCCAAAGACCAGCUUGUGUCUUUUGUCACCAGGAUUGAGGUUGACAAGAAAUCUCGAGAUGUGGCAGUGCGGUCUUCUGAAGAGGAUCGGGUCUUGCUGUCGACAAUCAAAGCUGCUUGUCACACACAUCUUCCGGGGUAUAUGGUGCCAACUCAUAUCAUUCCUAUGACCCGGUUCCCUCUUUCUGCUAAUAACAAGGCUGAGAUGAAGGUCUUGAAGAGCAUUUACCAGGAUCUCUCCUUGGAGGACCUGCAGAGACAGAGUGCCAUGGCUGUUGAACAAACCGUGAAGAACACGCAAGAAGAAGAUAUCAUUUCACUUUUGUCCCAGUUUACUGGCUCCCCCGAAUCGGCCAUUUCUUCCUGGUCGAGUAUCUUUGAACUGGGUCUAGACUCUAUCUCUGUUAUCGCGUUUGCCAGAACCCUAAGGGAGGCUGGUUUCUCUCAAGCCCAGGCAUCACUCAUUAUGAAGCAUCCGACCGUUGCAGGUAUGGCAUCGGCUUUGCAGAUGUCUACCUCCUCUUCAGCGACCCAGAGCAACCUCCACGGAAAUGCGAAGCAGAACAUCGAGGCCUUCGCUCACAAACAUUUCCAUUCUGUUAUCGAAAGCAUUGGAGUCGUGGAUAGUGAGGUUGAGCAGAUCGCCCCAUGUACACCGCUCCAGGAAGGUAUCAUAUAUCAUUUCCUUUCGAGCACCGAGCCACUUUACUGCUCGUCCUUCACCUUCGCAUUGCAUGCGUCCAUCGACAUUGAGAAGUUGCGGAAUGCAUGGAGCAAGGCACAAGACCAGGUACAGAUGCUCCGAGCUCGAUUCUCGCCCUCUCCAGAUGGCUACGCUCAAGUCAUUUUGAAGCAUGAUGCGCUUCCUUGGUUCGAUGUGAAUGCUGCGUCCGAGAAGCAGCUUGAAAGCUUGCGGAAGCAGCAGGUCGAAAAUUGGAUAUCUGACAUUCCGGAACUAUCGACGCGGCUGUGGGAGGUUGGUGUGAUCCAAUCUCCUGACAAAUCAGUGAUGUGUCUCAACAUCUUCCAUGCUCUUUACGAUGGAAACAGUCUAGCCCUCAUUCUGGAUCUUGUUGCACGAAUCUACCUUGACCAGCAGAGCGCGUCCGAACAUGCGCCUCAGUUCUUAGACUUGUUGCAUCUGGGUCCUCUCUGCAAGGAUCCAUCCGAGAAAUCAUUCUGGAAAGAGCACUUGGCAAACUGUCGACCCCGAUCUCUGUCGAAAUCAGAUCAAUCUAAUGGCGUCAUUGAGUCCCUGGUCAAAACAAUCCAAAUUGACACCACAGAGCCAUUGGACCAUCUGAGGAAGUCCCUCAACGUCACAGAACAGGCAAUUCUCCAUGCCUGCUGGCUAUUAACCCUUCACCAACACUAUGCAUUUGUCCCUCCAAUCGGUCUUAUUGCAUCUGGACGUACGAUCGAUGUGCCAGGGAUUGCCAACGCCAUUGGUCCCCUGUUCAACACUAUUCCAAGCAAUGUGCAGCUUCGCGGUCUAAAUUCAUGGUCUGAAGUCGCUCGACGAUGCCAUGACUACCAAGUUGCCACGAUGCCAUUCCAAUAUACUGCUCUACGAGACAUCAUGAAAUGGCUCGGCAAGAGCCCAGAUGAUCGCCUGUUCGAGUCACUCUUCGUGUUCCAGAGAGAGGACGCCGAUAUUGAGGCAUCAACUGGUAGCCUUUGGCAGCCACUGGACUCUGAGGCACAACAUGAGUACCCGCUAGCUUUUGAAAUUCUGCGCAAUGACAAUGAAUCCCUUACUCUGACCCUUGCCGCAAAGAGUCACGUCCUAUCCUCAGAAGUGGCGGAGCAGCUACUCGCCAAUUUCCAACGAAUCUUGUCUGAAUUUGCUCAGAACCCAGAACAUGAGCUACCCUAUAUCAAUGGGGUCGCGGAAGAGAGCUAUGCACAUGUAAAUGGCGAGACAGCUACGCCGAACGGCGUGAACGGUACAGCACAUACGCGUAACUCUUCAUUCCAAUGGACCAGUCAAGCUUCCACGAUCCGGGACGUUAUUGCAACGCUCGCCGGAGUCGAUUCCCAAUUCAUUGGUGAAGAAACAUCAAUCUUCGAAGUCGGUCUCGACAGUAUUGAUGCCAUCAAAUUAUCCUCACGCCUGGCCAACUCGGGCAUCAAGCUCCCCGUGAGCGCCAUCAUGCGCCAUCGCAAUGUAAAGGCCAUGGCUAGCCAGCUUGCAGAAACAAAUCAUCAUGAACAAAACGGGUCUUAUCCAUUAUUGAGUCAAAUGGAGGGAGCUUUGACAAGAUUCCUGAGGAAGGAGAGCCUCAUGCCUGAGGAUGCGUGUCAGGUGCUUCCCGCAACGCCAAUCCAAGAGGCGAUGGUCGCUGAGAUGUCCGCCUCUGGGUACCAGCACUACUACAACCACGAAGUUCUGCAGCUCGAGUCUUACGUGGAUCUCGCGAGACUUCAGGAUGCAUGGAGAGCCGUCGUCAAAGCCCAUCCCAUUCUACGCACAUCCUUUGUCGAGGUAUGGGAUCCCGAGAUCUCGGCAUCUUAUGCUCAGAUCGUUCAUAACGAGCAUGCUUUUGACUUCCAGUCUGUGCAUCUGAAUGGAAAGUCUGUGGAAUCUAUUAUUGAGGCUCAACGUAAACGAGCGGCCUCGGAACUUUCUGGUCGGCCGUUGCUGAGUCUGACCAUCGCAGUUGAUGGGGAUACCCGCUACCUUGUUCUCUCAAUUUCCCACGCUCUGUACGAUGGCUGGUCCAUCAGUCUACUCCAUGAAGACGUUGCCAGGUCUUAUGCAGGGGGAAAUUGUACUCGCCCAUCCUCGGAUGCAAUUCUCGAGCAGAUUAUCGCAUCUUCCGGGGAUCGUGCUCUGAGAUUCUGGAGGGCGACCCUGUCAAAUUGCAAACCGAUAACGUUUCCAUCUAGCGAGCAUGCAGAAAAAGGCUCACAAAUUGUCCAUCGCGCGGAAAGACCGCUCUCUGUGUCCUUUGACAAGGCCGAGAGCUUCUGCAAGCAUCAUGGCAUCACAAUGCAAGCACUUUUGGUUAGCUGCUGGUCCCUUGUUCUGGCGACCUAUAUCAAGAACCUAGAUGUCAUAUUCGGUCUUGUUCUUUCUGGUCGCAAUGUGGCUGAUUCAGAGAAUGUCAUGUUUCCCACGAUGAACACUGUGGCAAUGCGAGUCAUUCUUCACAGUACUCGAUUGGAGUUGGUCAAAUACGUGCAGGAGACUCUACUCGAGAUGUCUGAGCAUCAGCACUUCCCAUUGCGACGAGCGAGACCAAGUACCAGAUCGCAACAAUUAUUUGACACUCUAUUCAUCUAUCAAAAGAGGCCUUCCGAAGUCCAUUCUCAGAGCCCCGCUCUAUACCAUUCCACUGGAGGAGCAUCGAGUGUGGAGUAUCCUGUAUGCGCCGAGGUUGAAGGCGAUGGACAGAACCUGGUGGCACGGGUGGCAUGUCGUGGCAGCGUCCUGGGAGAGAAGGACACACUCGUUCUGUUGAGCCACAUGGCCGAGGUUCUCCUGUCAAUCGUCGAUGAGCCUGCUCGGCAGACCGUCGAAUUUUCUGGCAAUGCCAUGAAAAUCUGCGGAAAUAUAAUUGUCUCUGACUCGAAAGAUUCUGGUGAGUCUGAGACGCCCAGGUUACAGACAUCCAGUCAAAGAGAGUGGUCAACUACCGAGUCCAAAAUUCGCAAUGUUCUUUCCAUUGUGUCUGGCGUUCCUGAGGAUUCUAUCGACAAAGAAGCCAACAUCUUCCAGCUCGGUUUGGAUAGCAUCAGUGCCAUCAAGGUUGCUGCCCUUUUGAAAAAGCAAUCUGUCAAGCUAGUUGUUAGUGACAUGCUCAAGGCCGGAACAAUUGAGAAAAUGGCACUGGCAGUGAACAACAAUCAAGUCAAUCUCACUCAAGCUGAAAUCGACCAAGCUUUACAAGAUUCGCUCAAAGGAGUUGACGUCGAUUCAUUGCUUCGGUCACAUGGAAUUGAUCCACAAGAUACCGAGACAAUAAUCCCCGCCACUGCUGGUCAGACUUACUUCCUGGCAAUGCACAUUCUGAACCCAGAUGUGUUCUAUCCCAAGUUCUACUACUUGGCGUCAGCGCACUUCAGCCCCCAGGUUCUGAACAGUGCGUGGUCGCGUCUCAUAGACGAGACACCCAUCCUCCGAACUGCUUUCCUGGCAACCGGCAACCUCCGGUUACCAUUCGUUCAAACCGUUCUCAAGACAUUACACAGCCCUCCCACCUGGCACGAUGACAUCAAUCAUGCUAUAAGCAUUAGACGCGGCUUUGGAUCUGUCCCUGUUGCCCUCCAUGUGUGUCGCACGCCCCGAGGGGUAGCAUUCAUGUUGCACCUCCACCAUGCACUGUACGACGCUGUGAGCCUUCCACAAAUGAUGAAUCGACUUGCCCAGUUGUGCAGCAGGGCCGAGUCCAAACUGAAACACGCGUCACAAAAUCUGUCCCAGCUCGUGGCUUUCCAGCACAUCCACUCGCCCGUUGAUGUUCGGCGGCAAUUCUGGCAAAAGUAUCUGGGCCAAAUUUCAACACCAAGCGCCAAAUCCAAUGGUGUGGGUGAGUUUGGCGCCAUCCAGCAUGACUAUCGGCCCGGUCUGGUUUCAAACAUGUCUCGACUGGAAAAAGCCGCCAAACGCCGGGGCCUGAGUAUCCAAUCAGUCUUCCUGGCCGUUUAUGCUCGCGUGCAUUCCCAGAUCUUUGCUCUGGUGGAUAUCGACAAUGAAACAGACAGGCGACCCCUUGUGGUUGGUUUGUAUCUUGCCAAUCGGUCGUACGGUAUGGAGGGUCUUUCUGAAUUGGUUGCUUCAACCGUCAAUAUCGUUCCACUCCGACUGGAUGACAAGCUCAGCAAUGACCAUGACUCACUUUUCGUUGCUGCUCGGAAGAUUCAGGAGGAUAUCAACGAAAUCAGCUUGGUGGAACAUGCCGGGGUUUCUCUACUUGAAAUAUCCGAAUGGACGGGGGUGCGCAUCGAUACCUGUAUCAACUUCCUGCGACUGCCGGAGCUCGAGGUCACCAACGGCGAUGCAAGUGAUAAAGUGGCUCUCCAGUCGAUCUCGAGUAAUGAGCUGACACCACUCGAUGAAUCUAAGUCGAGUGUCCACCCAAGUCACCUAGCUCUGACCAACGGUGACACAACCGUGGUCCAAGCGACCGGAUCCGCUUCUUCGAUCGCGGCUCUGAAAGACGUGUUCUGGACUACGAUCGACGUUGAGGCAGCUAUCCGAAACGACCGACUGGAUUUCGGUCUCUUUGCACCGAGUACUCGUCUCGAUCACCCCACUGCCGACAAGGUGAUGGAGACGGUGAGGCACGAAAUGGCAGGAUUAGUUGCCUCUUCAGAGUCUCCAUAGAGGCGCCAGAGAAGCGAGCUCAUCAAAAAGCUCGCAUUAAUCCACAAGAAUCAUGAGAGAAAAAAAAAUAGACGAGGGGAAGGAAGAGCAGAAGUCAGCCGUGGAUCCAUUCUCUGCUCUGCAACCCUAGGAUUUGCUUUUUGGAUUUGCUUCUUGGCGUUCAAUUUGAUUUUUUUUUUCAUUGUAUUUUGAUCAACCUGAGCCAGACGUAGUCGACGCUGUCUCCUUUCCUGUGCAUAUACAUAUACCAGAUAAUAUCUAGACUCUGGCCACUUUUGACCUUCUCUUUCCGUUCCAGCGUUCACCCCUCGCCGCUUUUCUGAUCAUUGAGUCGAAUUGAGCCCC